GUUAUCCAAUCAGGGACGUUGGGCUGGGAACUGUCCAAUCAGGCACACAGCUGGAGCAGACAGGGCGGCUUCCGGGAUAUGGCGGGGCCUUUGUCUCUUGCUGCCGCCGGAGCUCCCGGUCUGUCUUCACUGAUCUGUAUCCUCUGCUCCUAGAGGCCCCGCGUUUGUGGCGCUGUUACCAGCAGGUAUUGGAGAUCCACAGCUAAGAUGCCGGGACCCCCUAGAAGCCUAGAAAUGGGACUGUUGACAUUUAGGGAUGUGGCCAUAGAAUUCUCUCUGGAAGAGUGGCAACACCUGGACAUUGCACAGCAAAAUUUAUAUAGAAAUGUGAUGUUAGAGAACUACAGAAACCUGGCCUUCCUGGGUAUUGCCGUCUCUAAGCCAGACCUGAUCACCUGUCUGGAGCAAGGAAAAGAGCCCUGGAAUAUGACACUACAUGAGAUGGUGGAUGAGUCCCCAGGUAUAUGUCCUCAUUUUGCUCAAGACCUUUGGCCAGAGCAGGGCAUGGAUGAUUCUUUUCAAAAAGUAAUACUGAGAAGAUAUGAAAAAUAUGGACCUGAGAAUUUACAGUUAAGAAAAGGCUAUAAAAGUGUGGAUGAGUGUAAGGUGAACAAAGAAGGUUAUAAUGCACAUAACCAGUGUUUCACAACUGCCCAGAGCAAAGUAUUUCAAAGUGAUAAAUAUUUGAAAGUCUUAUUUAAAUUUUUAAAUUCAAACAGACAUAAGAUAAGACAUACUGAAAAGAAAUCUUCCAAAUGUAAAAAAUGUGUCAAACCAUUUUGCAUGCUUUCACAUAAAACCCAACACAAAAGCAUUUAUCAUAGAGAGAUGUCCUACAAAUGUAAAGAAUGUGGAAAAACCUUUAAUUGGUCCUCAACCCUUACUAAUCAUAGGAAAAUUUAUACUGAAGAGAAAUCCUACAAAUGUGCAGAGUAUGGCAAAGCUUCUAAGCAACUGUCAACCCUUACUACACAUGAAAUAAUUCAUGCUGGAGAGAAACUCUACAAAUGUGAAGAAUGUGGUAAAGCUUUUAAUCGACCCUCAAAUCUUACUACACAUAAGAUAAUUCAUACUGGAGAGAAACCUUACAAGUGUGAAGAAUGUUGCAAAGCAUUUUUCUGGUCCUCAACCCUUACUGAACAUAAGAGAAUUCAUACUAGAAAGAAACCCUACAAGUGUGAAGAAUGUGGCAAAGCAUUUAUAUGGUCCUCAACCCUAACUAGACAUAAGAGGAUGCACACUGGAGAGAAACCCUACAGAUGUGAAGAAUGUGGCAAAGCUUUUAGCCAAUCCUCAACCCUUACUACACAUAAGAUAAUUCAUACUGGAGAGAAACCCUACAGAUGUGAAGAAUGUGGCAAAGCCUUUAACUGGUCCUCAACUCUUACUAAACAUAAGAUAAUUCAUACUGAAGAGAAACCCUACCAAUGUGAGAAAUGUGGCAAAGCCUUUAAGCAGUCUUCAAUCCUUACUAACCAUAAGAGAAUUCAUACUGGAGAGAAACCCUACAAAUGUGAAGAAUGUGGCAAAUCUUUUAGCCGGUCUUCAACUUUUACUAAACAUAAGGUAAUUCAUACUGGAGUAAAACCCUACAAAUGUGAAGAAUGUGGCAAAGCCUUUUUCUGGUCCUCAACCCUAACUAAGCAUAGGAGAAUUCAUACUGGAGAGCAACCCUCCAAAUGGGGAAAAUGUGGCAAAGCCGUUAACCAGCCCUCACACCUCACCACAGAUAGUAUAACUCAUAUUGGAGAGAAAUAUUACAAGUAUGAAUAAUGUGCCAAAGCCUGUAAAAGUCCUCAAUUCUUAAUAGAUAUAAGAUUAUUCAUACUGGAGAGAAACUACAAACUUGAGAGAGGUGCUGAUGCUUUUGACAAUACCUCAAGCUUUUAAGAAAAUUAUUCUGCUGAAAAAUCCUAGAAAUGUGAAGAAUGUGACAAAGGCUUUAAAUGAUUGUCACACUUGAUUGUAGGUAAGAUAAUUCAUACUGGAGAAAACUACCAGUGUGAACAAUGUGGCCAAGCUUCGAACCAAUGCUCACCCCUUAUUGCACAGGAAAGCAUUUAUACUUGAGAACAAAUGUACAAAUAUAGGCAAAGUAAAAAAGCCAUUAAUGCCUGCCCACAUCUUACUCAAAAUCAUAGAGUUCAUACUAAAUAAAAGCAUUAAAAU